AUGGUAUCGCCCAGCAGUCUCCUGUCUGAAGAGCAGUUCCAGUGCGCUAUCUGUCUGGAUGUGUUUACUGACCCAGUCUCCAUCCCGUGUGGACACAACUUCUGCAAGGCCUGUAUCAAAGGAUACUGGGAUAGCACAGAUCUGUGCCAGUGUCCCCUGUGUAACAAGAUAUUCCACAGAAGACCUGAACCAGAUGUCAACAGAACACUCAAAGGAGUUGCGGAGCAUUUCAAGGGAUUGAGAGUGAGAGACAGAGAGGAUUCCGCUGCAGAGCCCGGAGAAGUGGUCUGUGAUGUCUGCACUGGCAGGAAGCGCAAGGCUCGGAAGUCCUGCCUUAUUUGUCUGACCUCGUACUGUGACACUCAUCUGGAGCAUCAUCAGAUAGCCCCAGCCCUGAAGAGACACCAACUGAUCGACCCUGUAAAGAACCUUGAAGACAGGGUAUGUAAGAAACACAACAAACUCCUCGAGCUGUUCUGUCGGACUGACCAGACAUGUGUGUGUCAGUUCUGCUCAGAGACUGACCACAAGGCUCACAACAGCAUACCUCUGGAAGAUGAAUGUGACCAAAGGAAGGCUCAGCUUGGGAAGACAGAAGCAAAAGUGAAGCAGAUGAUUCAGGAGCAUCUGCAGAAGGUCAAGGAGAUCAAACACUCAGUAGAUCUCAGCAAGAGACACACUGAGAUGGAUAUAUUUGGCAAAGUGCAGGUUUUCACCGCUCUAGUUCACUCCAUUGAGAAAUUUAAGGCUGAGCUCAUUGGUGUGGUUGAGCAGAAGCAAGAAGCUGUGGACAGGUGGGGUGAAGGUCUUAUUAAAGAACUGGAGAAAGAAAUCACUGAGCUGAAGAGGAUAAGCUCUGAGCUGGGGCAGCUCUCACACACUGAGGACCAUCUCCAACUCCUCCAGAGCUCCCCAUCCUGGUGUCUCCCAGUGAAGACCAAUAACUGGUCUGAGAUCAGUGUUCAAAGCCACCUGCGCAUGGGGUACAUGAAAAGAGCUGUAUCUCAGCUGGAGGACAAACUGAUGAGUAAGGUAAAGCGAUUUCAUAAUGAGAUGGAGAAUGAGCUGAGGACAUUGUGUGAAGCUAAGACAAAGAAGAUUCAGCAGUAUGCAAUGAAUGUGACUCUGGACCCUGAUACAGCACAUCCGGAACUAACCCUCUCCGUGAAUGGGAAACAAGUGAGGUGUGGGGAUCAAUCACAGAAUUUCUUGAGGAACCCAAAGAGGUUUACUUAUACAUACAGUGUCCUGGGGAAGGAAGGGUUCUCCUCAGGGAAAUCUUACUUUGAGGUACAGGUGAAGGGGAAGACUGAAUGGGAUUUAGGAGUGGCCACUGAGUCGAUCAAUAGGCAGGGGUGGUUACCACUGAGCCCUGAGGAUGGACUCUGGACUUUUGGCCUGGAUACAGAUAAUGACUACGUGCCUAAUGACCCCAAAGUACACUACUACCUGAAAAAGAAGCCCCAGAAGGUGGGGGUGUUUGUGGAUUAUGAGGAGGGUCGGGUCUCCAUUUAUGAUGUGGAUGCCACAGCCAGAUCUCACAUCUGCUCUUUCACUGGCUACAAAUUCACUGAGAAACUCUAUCCAUACUUCCACUGUGGGUAUCCUGAUGGUAAAAGAAACAUAGCUCCACUGGUCAUCUCUCCUGUCAGUCACAUGACUGGCCCAGUGCUCGGGGUGUGAGUCGAUAUAAACAAAUAGUUGCUUGUUUUUUUUUAGGAUGAGGAUACAGUGACUUAGUAAUUCUGGCCUUCAUUCCUGUAUAUUGUGUGUACUCUGAUGUAGCUAAUCUCAAGGUAUAAAUGUAUCAAUGCAACUGUUUCUCUCAUUUUUCUUGUGAAAAUAAAGAAAAAGUACUGUA